CACAGUGAGCAAUGGAAGGUGUAUGAAAAACGUUGCUGGCUUUUAUGCAUGCAGAAGAUGUCCAUAUUCGACUCACUGCUGGACAAAGUCUGGCAGAUUGCCAGAAAUGAGGAAGAUUUUCUGACAGCAUUUGCAAGGCUGACGUGCGACAGGGAGCGGGUAGCAAUGAUUCUCGCUUUGCCUCAACUCCAAGACUUCUGUGUGACAGAUGGUUUCUCCGGGAAGUGUGAGACCCUUGCCGAGGAGCUCAGACUCCGGGGAGAUAAGCUUAAUCUAGAGACCGCAGCCUCAACCAUAGAUCCAGCACACGCCACCGCCAAGCAAGCGUUAGAGCUUUACACUUCAGCUAUCAGGGUAGCUCCUCAAGGGAGCAUGAGCCUUGCUCGAAGUUACAAGGGACGGGUUCAAGUACUUCUUCGCACGGGUGACACAGACCUCGCCCUUCGCGACGUGAAGAGAGCGCUCGGCUUCCAGUUACCUCCGGAAGACGCCAUCAAACUCCUGUCCCUUGCAGCAUCUUGUCACCAACACAAACGCGCAUGGGACCAGGCAGAGAAAGUUCUUCAGGAAGCUUUGGACAAACUACGAAAUUCGGAGUUAGAAAAUAAUGUCAAAGCUUCAAUGACUGGAGAAAUCAUUUCGCAGCUCAAGACGAUCAACCACGAAAAACAACAGGACAACUUAAAGCAGAAGAAAUUGAAGAAGACUGACUCGGAGCCCAGAUCCGGAAGCUGGGGGAUACCGGAAGUAACGUAUGGAAAGAACGCCGAUAUACCAGCAGCCUCCGCGGCCCUGAGACUCUGCUUCUCGCCGCAGAAGGGACGUUACAUGGAAGCCACGAGGAAUAUAAAAAUAGGUAGCGUAUUGAUCGUGGAAGAACCCUACGCGUGGGCCCUUUCUCGAGAAGCUAUGGCCCAGCGAUGUCUCCAUUGCUGCCGGCUCGUACCAGCACCAAUUCCGUGCACCCAGUGUUCCACGGUUUCUUAUUGCAGUGAAGAUUGUCGGGAUACAGGAUGGCAAGAUUACCAUCGUUUCGAGUGUCAUGUUCUUCACCAUCUGCUGAGUGCCAAGGAACUAAGCAAGAUGGCGUUACUCGUGUACCGUAUUGCAGUAACAGCGUUUGCCAGGGCUGAUCCUACAAGUGGGGACGGAAAUCUCUCGCAGAAAUCUUCGGCUCACGAACGAGAUUCGACCAGUACAGAAUCAGACCCGAGAUGCGAUUAUCCGAGCAGUGUCAAUUCUCCAGCGAGUUUCCCGUUUUUAUCCAGUGACUACGCCUCGGUACACGGCCAGGUGACGAAUUCCGGGUCUCGAACUCCAGCCGAUAAACUAAAACGCGCGACGAGUGCGUUCUUUCUCAUGAAGUGCCUUCGUCAUGUCGCACAAGAUAUGACCGAUGACGUAGAGAUGACCACGAGUUUACUCAGGCAUCUUCAAAGUUGCUCGUGUAACGCGUAUCAGAUCACAGAACACGUCGUACCAGACGGCGAUGUAAGAAAUGCAACACAGAAUGAAUUAGGAGGAGGAGCUUAUCCAACAGUCAGUCUCUGUAACCACAGUUGCAAUCCAAAUGUGGCGCGUCAUUCUAUUGGACGCCUCUGCAUUGUCAGGGCGAUAAGGAAUAUCAGAAAAGGAGACGAGAUUCUCGACAAUUACGGACCUCAUUUCUUGUCACAUGAUUUAGAGGAAAGGCAGAAAUAUUUAGAAACACAGUACUUCUUCCGAUGCAUCUGCGAAGCGUGUUCCGAGAAAUGGCCAACCGCGGACAGACUCCAUGAAAAAGUUACAGGAUACAAAUGUAUCCAUUGUUCAAUGAAUAUUGGACUCAAUUUAUUAAACCUGAAAACUUGUCCUCAUUGUAAGAAGAAGUGUGAUUAUGGCAAGAUAGCGAAACGACUUCGAGUUCUCGCCAGAGAAUACGACAGAGCUCUGGAGGACCUCCUGCACAGACGUCUGCACGAAUGUCUGAAGACCUGCGUAGAGUAUUGUGACGUAAUGGACUCGGUGGUGGUUCAUCCUAAUAAAGGUUUCGUGAAAUGUCAACAGGCAGUCUCACUCUGCUGGAGUUUGCUGGGUAACACCAACGCAACACGGACUAACCUAACCUUUAGUCUGUGACACGUGUCUCUCCAUCGUUGGUCGUCGUUAAGCCUCGUCCUCAGUUCCCAGAUAAAGCUAUUCAGUUUCGAAAACAAAGAACUUUCGGAACUAAAAUGAAUUUAUGUGUAUUUGUCCCUACAUAUUUUACGAUUGAAGUAAUUUCUAAUUAAUAAAAUUGUUUAUUCACUAAUGUUGUAAAUGUAAAACGCGAACGGGAAUUGAUUAUGUCAAAGAAUUUCCAUGUUUCAUACACGAAAUGCGAUGCUGUGCUGCCUUGGCCACUUUGCAAAUGUACAGUCGCGGUUUGUGAGACUAUAAAUAAUCUACCAAAUCACAUUUUAAAGAA